ACCUAAUACCUAAUAUUAUAGUUGACUAUUUAUUGCAACAGGUUAUGACUUACAAACGAAAUGAUAAAAUUAAUUCAAUUAAAAGAUAAGGAAAAUUAAAGUUCAGUAAAGGCUGGUCAUGUUUGUUAAAAAUCUGUGGUUUCUUUGCAUCAUAUUUUAUAUAUGCAAAGGUGAAUCACUUUUAAAGUUUAAAAAGCCACCAAAAGAAGGUCAAAGGUGCGGAAUAUGUCCGACAUACAUGCAGAAGCUGUGCGGAUUCGAUUUCCAGACCAAUCAGACCUACAUUUUUGAUAAUGUAUGCAUUAUGGAUUUAUUUAAUUGCAUUCAUGGUACAGAAUUCAUUAAGUUAAACUAUGAAAAUUGUAUAUACUUUGGCAACUUUGCGUACGUCCAUGGCUUAAAACAUGAAGAUUAUGACUACGAUGAAGACCAUAUAACUAUAAUUAAUUCAAAGAAGAAUCCAGAUUUUGUGCGCCGAAGACACUGAAAUGGACCUAUACAAGUACGCUGGAAAAGGUGUGCCAAAUAGGAUGACAGUUAUUUUUUGUGCUUCAAAGUGCCCCACCGAGCAUAUAGUGCAUUUUUGAGAAAUAACUCUUCAUAUUUGCUCUAUAAAUCAACUGUCAUGUCAAAAAUCUGAUUUUAGACCUUAAUCUAAACCUUACUUUUGACACAGAGACAUUAUGAAGAGUCCUUUCUCAAAAUGUAUGCAUUAUACCGGGAACUAGAAUUGACACUUUGUCAAAUGGUUUUAUUAUUGACACUAUGUUGACAGAUGUUUCAUCAGUAACAUUUAGCUGCGAGCAUGCUCACAUGACGCUCACUGAUACUGUCAGCGCCAAAAUAAGUUGCUUUAAAAACAGAUCGGCAAUCGCAAAUCCAGCGUACUUAUAUUAGAAGAGGUCAGUGGCUGAAGAUUAUUUUAUAUGAUGUGUUUAAAAUUGAUAUGAUAAACUGCUUUUAUUUAAGUUAAAAUAGGUAUAUUUAUUACAAUAAAAGCACAAAAUAGU